AUGGCUGUGCCUCAUGCAGAUCCACCGCCUUUUGCGGGUGGGACCCACGACGAUCAAGACUUUACUCUCCCCAAGUCCCACCAUCCACCCUCCUUUCCCGUUUUCCUCUCUUUCCUCUUUCCUCUUUCCUCUUCUCCCGCAGCCCUCUCCCAAACGAAAAUGUCGCCCCAAAAGAGCACCGCAUUUCUCAUCUCUUCACUCAAUUGCGGGCUCCAAAUCGCAAGCUUCGUAAUUGGUCUCACAGCUCUGAUCACAACAAUAUGGUACCUCGGCCACUUUAUGGGAAGACCUUGGGGCGGAUUGCUCUGUAAUAUGGUGGAGUGGUCCGGGACCAGCGUUCAUCCAACUCCAGAGCUUCUAGAAUUCAUGGAAACGAUCGGUGGUGCGGCUGCUUUGGUAUUUUGUGGAAUUGCACUUGUUGUCAAAACGGUGGCAAUGGAGACUGCGCAGGAGAAUGGAGAAGAAAUUUGGACGGUUCGGAAAAUCAUCCCGUUGCUGCUUUCGUCGAGUCUUUCGGGACUUGUUGCUUUGAAUGUUACUGCGGUGCUUAUUUGGGCAGCGGGACUUGGCAGUUUGACUUGA